ACAGUCCUGUUCGAACUAGGGUUCAAUUUCUACGAAUGAACAAUAUGAUUGAGUCGUGCAGGUAUAAUAUUGCAUUCCAUUCAUUCCAUAUCUCAAGGAAUACCCGCUGAGUGUAAAAUUGCGCCGUAACCUUUGACAAUGAGCUGAUCGCUAGCGGCUUAGCUCUGUUUUUCUACACCAAGCACGAGUUCUUUGUGCGUUGUUCACAGCUAGCGACUUAGCACAUUCCCUCGGGUCAUUUAAAUUCAAGAAAGCGGUGCUACUGAGUGCAUCCAAGCGUUUAUCGACAGGAACAGUUGUCUUAACGCAGCUUGUCAAUAACUCUCCUCGACCCUCCGUUGAUCGCUGCCGUUAAGUUUUGUUCUGAUUAAUCCAGUCCACUUUGCACUGCACGUUUGACAAGGAUUUCAACAAUCGGGGUAUGUACCGACUGCUCGCUUUCAAAUUGUUAUUUCGUGAAGUUGAUAUUGGUUUGUUGCCGUUCAGCGUUUCUUGCGCAGAUUGGAGCGGUUUGUGCUGUAGCCAUUGCAACAGUUUCUCGCAGUAUGACGUUAUCUGGCACCACACUAUGAAAUAGCUUAGUCCGAUUUUAUGUAGGUGCAGCAUCGAACAAAUUUUAUCUUCGGUCUUGUUGAUAUUACUGACAGAUUUACGUUAAAUUUGAUGUUCAGUUGAUCACGAUACUUUCCCAGUUGUUUGGUAUCCCUGAACCUGAUUGUGGCAAGUUCAGCUCUGAUUCUGUGAGCAGGCUAGACUUCGUACCGACAUUAAUUGUCAAACGCACGAGAACUGUUCCGUCUCCGAAAAGGAUAGCUGCUUUACUUUACUUUAUUGUGUGUAUGUACAAAUUUAGCUUUCAAGCGGUUUAAGUGUUCAAGAAUUUAUCACUGUGUUGUUUGGACUAUUUGAACUCGAGUAUUUUGUGUAGUCCCGUUGUACGAUAAUAACCUUGUUGAAUUUUGCAGUUCUCGUCACAUUUAUACACUUUUCACUCAACGGUCAAUAUGUUUAGGUCAUUGUUGUAGAGUGAAUUUUGCAUGAUCGCGACCAAUCUUUGAUUUAAUGAAUCAUUCAAACAUCACGAGCAAACACUGAAAGUUAAGCAACUGAGUAGCCCAACCUCACUACCUCGGGAACCGUCUAACAGCUUCCGAUAUACACGUGAAAGCUGUCGACACCAGUCAGCUAAAAAUGCGAGGUUAUUAUGUGCAAGUCAGUGUUUAUUAUGAUUGCAAGAGUCGUUUCGAACCAGCCAUGUUUGUCUUUGUUCUUCGAGCUAAUUUGUUCACACUUUACACAUUGCGCUAUUAUGGGCUAUUAAGUUUUUAAAGUUUUAUUUGGUCUUCUCUUUUAAUACAGAGAUGGAUUAAUUCACGGCUGAUCACUGCGAUUUUUUCGGUAACUUUCUUUCAAUUCGCGUCGAGAAAUGUUUCACUGGAUGAAAUAAGGCAACACGACAAAUUCGGUUUCUCGCUGAGAGGUGACUUUCACUUGGUUUUCCUACGCCAGGAAGGUUCAAUGCGAAAGGAAAAGUCUACUCGAAAACAAGUUUUGGUGCAACAGUUCGUUUUGUUAAAGGCAAGUAAUCAAAAGAAGAUCAAGAGAGCGCUGGCACAUUUGAUGAGGAAUUGUCAAAGGUUGAGGGGAAGACACGAAAUUCUGUGAGAAAGAAAUCUUCAGCCUGGAUAUUUCAAGCCAUGUUUUCCAAGUCACAACACAACUCCAAAUCUGAUAAAGCUCCUUCAAAGCAGUCAGCGUUUCCCAGCAAUGGUAACAUCCUCAAGAAGAAAGCACGAACCACCAUUUUGUCCGUAUUGAAUAAACGACAAACACAAGAGAAAUUGUUCCUCGGGGAAAAGAAUGAUGGACGAGAACAACAAAACAGCGCUGUUAGUUCGUCGGGGCCUUCCGUUCAGCAUCCAAAACAGUAUUCAGAAGGUAUGAUAGAGGACUUGUCGUCCACAAAGUCCAAGUCGCAAAGGCCAAGUUCUGUUGUAGUUAAAAGUCCGAGUUAUCAUUUUGACACGCCGAAUCAGAAUUGCUCCCCUUCAUAUUCUAACGACAAAUGUUCUGAAGUGAAAUCGAACGAGCAAGACAAACUGUUGCCACAUUAUGUUGAAGACUGGCAAGUGCUUGGAAAUGCUGAUAUGGAACAAGCUGGAUUAGACAAUGUUGAAGAAGACACAAAGGGAAGUAAAAGUAGCUCUAAAUUGUCCUCUCAGCCACUGGACAGAAACCGCGCGGAACAAAGCACCCAAUCACUUAGUAAGCGAAUAGAUUUCCCGCCAAGACACUUGUCUUGCCCAGAACAUAAUGAAAAAAUUAGCGAUGGAUCACAUGCCAUGGUGGUAUCUAUGUCUCCAUCUUACACUUGUACGAAGGAUAUCACACCAAGUUCACCUUUAAGUCCAAAGUUGGUGUCUGACUCAGUGAUGGUGUCUAUACCUUUCCAAGUCCACGGUCAGCAGCCGUCCUCCAGACCAGAGCAGCAGUCAAAUGCUUGGUCAUCUUCUGUUUCCAUAUGUGUGCCAUUUCAAGUGGAUGAAAACGGUGCUGGUGUGUCUGUGUUAUCCUCUUUUGACAACCAGCUACUGCCGACAUCUUUACUCGACAAGCAAACCACAGGAGUGCUUGUACACGCAGGUUCAGUUCCCCUCCUUCAAGAAACGCCCAAAUUACAGAGCUCGAAUUCCGUGAGCGUAUCUGAAUCACUCACGAUGGAGAGGAAAACGGAAAAGACUUCUUCUUCCGCUAUGAAUGAAAUAAUAUCUUCGGAGCCGUCAAUUCCAGUGGAAAGUUCUUCAUUCGUCUGUCCGGAUGGUGACAAGGGUGUCUCUCAAGAUAUGACCGAUGGAAGAGCAGCUACAGCUACCAAGCCUCGUGUACAUCCCUCUCCUACACCGGACAAGCGAAAGCUAUUUAAAGAAAACCAUAGCAGGGAGAAGGUUCAAGCUUCAGGAGUUUCAAAGGAACAGCGGUCAAAAACCAUGGGCAAAGAAGCUAGUAAACAUAAAGCCAUGGAUAAACCAGUGAAUUCGACUGCAUUGAAAGGCCCAACAGCAGGCAAGGCAAGAGCGAAGUCCUUCACAGCAGGGGAUAAAACUAAAUUGACUCCAGGUCCCUCCAAUACUCCGCCGAGUCCUGCCGGAACACCAAAAUCAAGAAGUCCUGCAACUUCUCCGAAACUCAUGAGACGAAAUGCGACUCCUAAAGAUGUGAGCAAGGGUCUUAAUGGAACUCGAAAGACAGCUGAGCCGAAAAACAAAGAAAGUCACAACAGACCUCAUUCAGACCCACUUAUCGCUGAAAAGAUUCAUGGAAAGAAGAAACCUUCAGUGGUUGCCGCAAAUGAUACAAAAGCGAAAUCAAAGCCUGACCACGAGUCAGUGAAAAAUAAAGUUAAAGAGCUCGAGGCUGAAAAGCUUGAACUGAUGGAGAAAAUACAAGGAAUGGAACACCGCCUUGACGUUGUACCACUAUUAGAAAAGGAAAAACUUCAUCUACAAAAGCAAUUCAACGAAGUCGUCCAGGAAAACGCGAUAAAGUCAAGUGAACUGCAGUCUUUAAAUCUGAAUUUGGAGAAACAAAGAGAAGAAAAAAAUGAACUCCAGGUGAGACACGAUAAAUUGGUGAUAGCACUGGAAAACAGCCAACAAGAGCUCGAAGAGCUUAAAAAACAAAACCAUUCGCUUGAGGAAUCGAAAUCUACUCUGGUGCGAGAAAAUGAAGAAAAGAUACAAACGAUUACAAAGUGCCACGAGGACAUUGAAAAAUUGACAAUUUCGAACGCAGCCUUGGUAUCGAAAGAGAGUCAAUCAAGGAGUACGAUUUCAACACUGAUACAAGGCUUGCAAUCUUUAAAAGAUUCUGUUAUACUGCUGAAAGACGAAAACAAAUGCUUACAAAUGCAAAUCAUUGAGAGCGGAAGUGAACUUGUUGAAAGAAUGAGAAACUGUGUUGGUGGUUUGGAAAAGGUUAUCGAUGGUUUGGAAAUACACAAGACUGAAAAAGUUGAGAAAGAAACGCAAGUGUCCUGCAAUGUCGGGACGCUUGAUAAAGAUACACAAUGUGACGAGUUAAUGUCGGUACAAUUGAUUCUAAAUGAGGCUGAAGAAAGCAAGCUGACAGUUGAACCCAGUAUAGAAGAAAAUAAAAAGCCAGGUGAAACAAGUGAAUUGCCUUCAACGCCAAACACAGCGAAUGAGCAAAACAAGCCUGCUGUAUGUUUGAGAUGUAUCAGCCUUGAAGAACAACGAGUAUGUCUAAAAUCCAAUUUGGACGCGCUUAAGGCUUCUUUGCAGAAAACAGAAAGUGAUCGAGAUGACGCUGUAGAGGAAAGAAACGAGUUGAGACGCGAAGCUAAGUAUCUUAAGUACGUCCUUUCUUACAGAGAAGACGUACAGAGUUUACAAAUGUCAAAAGAACAGAACAAGGAACUGGUGAAAAUGGAGUCCAACCUUGUAGAAGCAGAGAAAAAAGUAAUCGAUUUGGAAGAUGAAGUUGGAAGACUUCAGGAAGAAAAGCAGACUCUGUUGUUGAGUAUUUUGAACCUUCAUUCUGGUCACGAAGUGGACGUUGUCAAAGAGGAAGACGAGGAGGAAGAAGAAAACAUGUCUAGCGAAGAGUCUGAAAAUAACCGUGACGAUGAAAAUCAAGAGAAAGGAAACAUGAGUGAAGAUUCUCGCACUCCCGAUUCCAUUUCUCGCAGAGAACAACUGAAGUUUCGAUUUCAAUUAUCUUUGUCCGAGUCGGAAUAUAGUUAUAGUUCCGAACGAACGGAGGGCGAAGAAGAAAGCGAGAGUGAACAAGAAGAUACGGACAUGGAGAUCUCGUCCCAAUCUGGAUUGCAUAUAAAGAAAAUUAAAACUGAGCACAAACAGUUCAAAACACUUUUAAGUGAAGCCAAUGAGGAGAAAGAAGAGUUGCUAUCAAGUCUUGAUAAGUUAUGCGAAGAGUUUGAUUCCCUCAAGGCAAACUUUGAUAAACUCGAGGAAGAUUACUCCGCUUUGUCAAAGAGAUCGAAGCAAGAUAAAGAAACCUUGCAAGCCCGGCUUCAGGAGGUUGAAAUCGAUAGAGAAAAUAUGAGGGAAUCCCUUAGGCAAGUUCAAGACGAGAAGCUAGCGCUUUUGCAGUGCCUUGAAAUGAGGAACCCUGAGCCAAUACCACCCGUGUCUCCAUUGCCACAACUAGAUCUGGACCAAAUUAUUGCGCGUGCACAGUCGUUCACUCAAGCAGAAGACAAAGCUAGUGAAGCAACAUCGAACGAGGAAGAUUCUGACGCUUCGUUGUCAUCAGACGGUGAAGAUGAAAACAGGAGUAAACCCCAACUUAAUGAUAAAGCCGUGAUACACCCAACUCCAGAUAAUCAGUUCGGACAAAAGGGACAACCGGAAGAGACGCAAUCACCUGCUAACGAUAGAGAUCUGCAGCUGGCAAACUUAGUGGCAUCUAUCGAAAAUGACCUUGGAAAACUCAAGGAGCGCCUGAAUAACAGAGGCAGUGAUACGUCUGGUGAUGUGCAAGAUAAGAACAUUGGCAAUGGCGUUGAAUCAAGGCUCCGAAAACCUCCCCCUGGCGAGCGUCUUCUCAAGCGACAAGCGUCAACUGUUAAGUCAAAUCUCGAUCGAGUAUGCCGAGAGAAACAACAUCUACAAGCUGAGGUGGAGUCGUUACGCCGUUACCUGCUGAAAAGGAGAGACUCUGCAAUGGAAAUCAGGACGAAACCGUCCCAUGGAAGUCUUAAAAGGGCGGCUGCGGAAGUGGAAAAUCAUUUGGAAGGAAUAAAGACCUUACAAACCUUGCUCGCAAAAUCCGACGAACAACUCCGACAGUCGAAUGAUAUAAUUUCUCGACUUGAAGCGGUUAACGACGAAACUGAAGAAAAACUUCGAGACGCCGAAGUCCUUCAAGAUGAUAUGCGCUGUGCUGUUCAGAUAGCUAACACUUUUGCCAUGGAAGAGCAAGAACGUGCAGACAAGUUAAUGUUACAGAAUCAAGAGUUGCUGAAAACUAUUGAAAUGCUCAAAAGUGCGCGUCCCUCAGCCGAUGGUGAGGACGAGAUUGAGGAUGAAAAUUCAAAAGAGAAACCAACAGCAAAAGGGAAACCUAAAUUUCAGAUGAAAGGAGCCAAAAGCUUCAAUCGCAGUGUAAGCGAAGACGACGGGCUAUACGCAGAUGACGAGAGCAAUUUUACAACAGAAGGUGAAUCAGAUUUCUUUUCUUCCCGCCACUCGAGUAUCGCAAGUGAAUCUGAUUUGGCGACAAGCCCCACACCAUAUGAAGACAAUCUCGAUGGCGUAGACUCUAAUGUCCCUGCAGAAUGUGCAACUAAGAAUACAGAUGUCGAAACUGAAGGUACAAGUCAACACAGCUCUACAGCAGACACUUCAGAUUUGACUGACGAUGAAACGGAGUGAAUGCCAAUUAUUUGUAACUAUUUACGAACUGAAAACGUUUCAUAUGUACAGUAGUUGAUUAGUUCAAGUAUGUCUCACAGUAGGACCUCACCGGUUCGAUAGUGUUUGACACUUUGGAAACUCUUUUUGAUAAUAAAUUUGAAGCCCCAUACUGCAGAAGUUGGUUGCCGUGUUUUUUUUGUUUUUGUUUUUGCAAAGAAUUAGAAGUAAACGUCUUUCAUUAUCUCAAGUUCAAACAUGAAAUCAUUGCUAAAACUGGAUGCGUUGUUGGUUAUUUUAUCGCCCUCUAUCUCAGCCUACGCUGAAUGUUUGAUAAUUAAUCGGAAUUUGUGAGCCUAUAUGAGAAAAGCUUGAAAUCCAUUACACCAAAGUUGAGUAUU